GUACGCUAGCACUCCAAACGUGGCGAAUUUAUCAUUCCAAAAAUCCAUCUUCGUUUAGACAUUUCAUCGCUUUUUAAAUGCUACAAUUUUGACACGAACAUUUCUUCUGUAAUUUUGACUUUGAACUCAGAGGGACGCUGUUGACUAGUAUGUAUCAGUGUUAUAGCUGCUCCGUAGUACCUCCCAUCGUUUCCACACACUGAGCAAGAAACAAGACGGGUAGAUGCAGUGAAAGACACAUGCAGGGUACCUAACAGAACCCAAAUACUCAGGCACUGGACUGGAAUUACCUUCAUCUUUUAAUUAUUUUUGAGAUUUUGUGUGAAUAUCGGAUUUGGAUAUAGACGUAUAAUCGGGGACAAAGGGGUUUGCCGACGGACUUAGCGACGAUGUGGGACAUAACAAUGAAACGGCAAGUACUGUUGUUCAUUUCGGUCCUCUCCCUCGAUGCAGCGCUCGGACAAGUCAGCUACUCCAUUCCCGAGGAAAUGGCGAAAGGCUCUUUUGUUGGUAACAUAGCUCAAGAUCUAGGAUUAGAUGUCAAAAGACUGAAAUCCGGCAGGGCUCGCGUUUUUACUCGCGACAGCACUGCAUACAUCGAGCUAAACAGAGAAAGAGGAAUUCUCUUGCUCAAUGAAAGGAUAGACAGAGAGGCGCUUUGUGGACAAAUGACGCCGUGCGCUUUACAUUUUCAGCUUUUAUUGGAAGAUCCGAUGGAAUUUUACAGUAUUACCGUUGAAAUCACAGAUAUCAAUGACAACCCUCCGACUUUCAUCACAAGCGAGGCUGAAUUUAAUAUCAGCGAGUCUGCUCUGAGUGGCACGACAUUCACUUUAGAUAGGGCGACGGAUCUGGAUGUGGGUGAAAAUGGUUUAAAAACGUACGUCUUGAAACCAACCGACAUUUUUUCUCUUAAGAUGAAUAAUCAAGGAGAUGGGAUUAAAAAUGUCGAGAUGGUUUUAAAUGCACCACUGGACAGGGAGAAAAAUGAACAGCUGUCUUUGGUUCUGACGGCAGUGGAUGGAGGAGAGCCGCAGAUGACAGGAACAAUGCAGAUUCGCAUUACUGUUUUAGACGUUAAUGAUAAUGCUCCUGUUUUUACGCAGCCUGUUUAUAAAGCUUUCAUAAGAGAAAAUUCACCAGCAGGAACCGUUGUACUGACAGUUACUGCGACAGAUGCAGAUGAAGGAUCUAAUGGUAGAAUAACUUAUUCAAUUUCAAAUAUACUCGAUCAUGCCCGUGGAAUUUUUGAAAUAAAUAAGAGAACUGGUGAGGUUACCUUACAUGGAAGGGCUGAUUAUGAGAAGAACAGGAAUUUUCAGAUUAAUGUUCGUGCAAGUGAUGACGGAGGACUAACUGGCUCUUGUAAACUGAUUAUCGACGUAUUAGAUAUGAACGACAACCGCCCUGAUAUUCAUAUCAUGUCGAAAUCAAAUGUUAUAUCAGAAGAUGCUAAAACAAAAACCGUUGUAACUAUGAUAAAUGUGGACGAUGCUGAUUCCUCUGAAAAUGGCAAAGUGCAUUGCGUCAUUAAUGACAAUAAUAAUUUCAUAUUAAAGUCAACAUCAGAAAAAUUCUAUAGUCUCAUGACAGACAGUGAAUUAGACAGAGAGAGGGCCUCUGAGUAUAACAUCACUGUGACCUGCUCUGAUGAGGGAGUGCCCUCCCUCUCCAGCAGCGUCACUCUCACCUUACAGAUCUCUGAUGUAAAUGACAACGAGCCUGUCUUUGAGAGGAGCUCAUAUGAGGCCUACAUUGUAGAAAACAACACACCAGGUGUGUCUAUAUUCACAGUGAGAGCCACAGACGCUGACUGGAACCAGAAUGCUCGUGUUUCUUACAUUCUGGAGGACUCCUCAGUGAACGGAGUGCCAGUCUCCUCAUAUGUGUCCAUCAGUGCUGAUAGUGGAGUCAUCCAUGCAGUGCGCUCUUUUGACUAUGAGCAGAUCAAAGACUUCCAGUUCCAUGUGAAAGCUCAGGAUGGAGGCUCUCCUCCACUCAGCAGCAAUGUGACAGUGAAAAUGAUGAUCCAGGACCAGAACGACAAUCCUCCUCAGGUUCUGUAUCCAGUCCAGACUGGUGGCUCUGUGGUGGCUGAAAUGGUGCCUCGUUCAGCAGAUGUGGGCUAUCUGGUGACCAAAGUGGUGGCUGUUGAUGUGGACUCUGGACAGAAUGCGUGGCUGUCGUAUAAACUGCAGAAAGCCACAGACAGGGCUCUGUUUGAAGUGGGCUCCCAGAAUGGAGAGAUCCGAACCAUCCGCCAAGUGAGUGAUAAAGAUGCAGUGAAACAGAGACUGAGUGUUAUAGUGGAGGACAACGGUCAGCCCUCUCGUUCAGCUACAGUCAUUGUGAACGUGGCGGUGGCGGACAGCUUCCCUGAAGUUCUGUCGGAGUUCAGUGACUUUCCACAUGACAAGGAGUACAAUGACAACCUGACUUUUUACUUGGUGUUGGCUCUGGCUGUGGUCUCCUUCCUGUUCAUCACGUGUUUGGUGGUUAUUAUCUCAGUGAAAAUCUACAGAUGGAGACAGUCUCGCAUCCUGUAUCAUUCCAACCUGCCUGUGAUUCCAUAUUAUCCUCCACGUUACUCAGACACUUUGGGGACAACAGGGACUCUCCAACACGUGUACAAUUACGAGGUGUGCAGGACGACAGACUCCAGAAAGAGUGACUGUAAGUUCGGCAGAGCUGGUAGUCAGAACGUGUUGAUCAUGGAUCCCAGUUGUUCAGGGACGAUGCAGCGGAUGCAGAGUGAGAAGAGCAUCCUGGAUGAACCAGACUCUCCUCUAGAGGUUUGAAUUGUUUAGUUGUCUGUUCAACGUUUAUAUCAAUUAAUUCCCCUCUGAUUUCCAGCACCUCGGAUAGCGCCAAGUUAGCACCUUCAAAACCAUAUUUUUCGUUUUGCUGCUUCAAAUUAGAUAUUAUAGUUCCUUAUAAUCUUUUUUUCAGACAUUUACAUCUCCAUGUUCAUCAUUUCGACACCACUGAAUUUGUUGACUGUACGAUCACGCAAAACUUCACUCUCAUGUUUAGUGUUGUCU